AUGGGCGCCGCGGACCUGACGGGCGUCGAUAAGCCGCCCGAACGCGCCUCGUACUUAACUAAGGACGCGUUCGCCGCGGCGGCGCAAAAGUGGCUCGCGACUGUGAAGCGGCGCGUGCAGAAGCUGAUUCAGCAGGCGGCGGGAGGCGGAGGAAAGGGGCGCGGAUCGAGCAAGGGGAACAGCGCGCGCGGGAACACCACAACCGUUGACCGCAGUCUGGGCUACGUCCCCCCCACCACCAAGGAUCUCGCCAAGCUGCCCAAUCUGAACACCGUCUCGCGCUACCUCACCGUGGGUCUCACGCUCGACCCUGCCUCGCAGAAGCUCACCUGGGAUUUCAAUAAGAGCGUGGACCACAGCUCCUAUUUUUCUGAGGACGAUUUCGACCAGGGCAACUGCGGUGCGUGCUGUUGGCUGCUGUGGACUGCUGUUGACCGCUGA